AUGAGUGACUCGAACGCCAACAUGAAGACCAAGGCCGUGCACAUGAUGGGGGUCGUGGUUGUCAGUGUGGGGCCAUCCGUAGCCAAACUAGCCAACCUCGUGGGCUCCAAACUCGUGGCGGGGGUGGCGGACAACAAGAACGCGAUGCAGCAGGCGUGUCUGGACUCGCUGCGCAACUGGGUGGUACACGGCGACGUGGCGUCUGCGAAAUUGCUCGGGUGGACCGUCGAGAUGACGCAUAUGGUUGCUGGCAAGAUGGAUCUGCGCACUAUGGUCGAAACCACGAUCGACACGCUGUCGGACAAGUCGACGGUCGCAUGGGACAAGGCGCAGCUGCUCCUGGUCAAGGUGUUCAAGCCAAGCCUGGUGCCGAGGCACGGUGCUGGCCAAGAUGGGCGGACUACGGCCAGUGGAACAACCAGCGCAGGAGCCGGCUGUGUCGGCGACGUCCGACGCGCCGCCGCCAUCGAUGUACAAGACGCUUCGGUUGAAACAACCGGCGGCCCCGCUCAAGCCCCAAACGACCACGUCAAUUCCGUCGACUUCGUCUGCAUUCCCACGGAGCGCCUCGUGAUGAUGCGCCAGGGGCUGACGGUCAUUUCCGACGAGCUUACGGCCGGAAAGACGCGCUCAAGUUGCUGUACGCCCGCUCGUCGACCGGGGACGACGUUUUCAUUCAGGAAAAACCAUGUCAACGAGAUCCUCGUCCAGGUGUGUCAGGUGCCCGGCACGGCGUUGGGCACCCAGAUUGACCUCCACGUCAUGUGGCUAUGUGGCUGUACGUGGCGACCAUCUCGAGCAUCUUCCGGCACGCGCCGUAUGUGGGCCGCAUCGAGCGCGUGA